AUGUCGGUUAUGGAUAAGGAUUUCGAAAACCAUCUAGUAGGAGAAUGGUUUGAGGAAAUGCAGAAACCUUUGCCUUAUUUCGUGGAGUCCGCUUUGGAUCCAAUUAUAAUCAACACUAUCAAACAGGCUUGCGACAUUUUUAGGCAAACCGACCAAGUAUUCUUUUCUUCUGUGGACGUAGCCGAACAAUAUCUGAUUUUGAAAGAGCAGCGCGGGGAACUAGUAGAAGACCCCUUACUAUUAGUUAUAACAACAAUUUUCAUUGCAAGUAAAUUCUUUGGAGGAGGACCAACUUUGGGUAUCGAAGCAGUCAGGACGUUUUUAAGAAAAAUAACGCACGUAAAUUAUAUUCCUAAAGAUAUCAAACAAACGGAGAGGGAUGUUCUGCAAGUUUUGCAAUUCAAAAUUCCAGCUACCACCAUAUUGGACGACUUCAAUGUGUUCUUUGAAAAAAUUAUAAGGAAUUACAACUUGCAAGACGCAUGCAGAAAUUUGUGUGUGCUGCUUUUGAUGCAUUUGUAUGGGACGAAACCAAAGUGGUUGAAGCAAUUGAAGAGUAUUUAUAAGAAGGAAAUGAGAACACUCAGAUAUUUAUUAUGCACUAAAUUGUAUUUGCCAGCGGCGGUUAUGAUAAGUGCAUUUAAGCUGACGCAUUACAAAAAUAUGAUAGACAUAAAUGCUAUGUUGGAAGACAUAAAAACUUUCACGAAAAUCCAUCCAGAUCAUAUUCAAGCUCUAAGUGAUAUUAUUGUGGAAGAACAUUCAAAUACAGAGUAACCAAUAGGGUACCUAUACCAAGGUUAAGGUACCUACCUACCUAUAUCUUAGUUAUUCUCU